ACCACGCCAGAUAGGCAGUUAGCCAGAUAGCAAUGCCGCAGGUUAAUCUCAAGCUCAGUUCACACGAUCACCAGGUGCUGGAGUCCAUCUUCAAUCCCCUGGAGCUGAGCAGCACGCAGCCGAGUGUCUCCGUGCCGUGUGAGUCGCAGCUGGCAGAUGUGGAGCCCGACACGGAGGCUGUGAGAUCUUCCAGGGAGCUGGAGCUGCAAGGGGUUCUACUAACGGAAAAGGGCAGUUUCGAUGAGGCUUUAAAGGUAUUCCAGCUGGCCCUGAACCAAGCCCAAAGAGCUUCGGUGCUGAAUAAUCGAGCGCAGACCCUACGUCUGGCCAAACGAGAUGGUGGGCCCGGGAACGAAGGGCUUUCGCCGAGUGCGCGGUAGAGUGUGAUAUAGUAAAUGGAGUUUUGCAUUUCUUUAUAAUGUGUUCAGUCUUAAAAAAAUAAUUUGUUUGACUGCAUUUUCGGACAAAUGACGUCGCAAGUCGGAUAGGCCAAGUUUCAGUGCCGAAAAUGUCCUUUCGACGCUGACUCGUGUUGCCGGAACACAAUGAAUAACCUUUGCCAAUUGAUAUAAGCAGGGAUAUAUGAACUUUUUCUCCUCCCAAUAACUCAUAAUAUUUUGGUUGACAUCAAUUGGCUUUGGACAGUAGUCGUUGAUCUCGUUUAUUGCCAGCUGUACUUCGUAUUGCGCCUCGUCCUCGUCUGAUUCCUCAUUGCCUGAAGCCACAGCAAAGGAAUUGAGGAAAUCAUUGAGUGACGAGCAAGUGCUCUGCGAGGCGGUCGAAAGCUGGCUUGUAGACGGCAGCUUCAAGUCAGGCGCAGUGGACUCUGACGAAUGUGAGUUUUUUCCUAGUGAUAGAUCUUCCUGCAAUGAAGAAUAUAUUUAUCAAAUUACAAGUGCAUUUUAAUCGUCAUAGAUCGUGCUUACUCUUUUUGCAACACCAUGAAUUUUUUUAAAAACUGUAGUUAAAUGAUUUCUGGCACACAUCAGCUUAAUUGGAUUUUUACUCAAAACUCUUCUCAUCCUGGGAUCCAAAUAAAUGGCAGAAGUGACCGAUUCGUUGGAUGUUAAAGCCUCUUCUCUCUUCCCGAUUGCCUCCCGCAAUGCCGCACUGUGUGGGUUUUUCAUGGCUGCCACUGUCAACGUGAGAUCUAGCCACAUCUUGUAAAAAUCGCCUAGAUAUAGCUGCUCCGUCUGCAGCUUUUGGUUGGCCAAAUAGAUCGGUUCCAAUGCUUCGGCCAGUACCUUAACUUCUGUCCAAUCUGCCUCAGAAAAUGUAAGCAGCUCAUUACC